AUGGCGGAGAAAAUUGAUGGAAGCAAAGGCAAUCAAAAAACUAGGAGAGGGCUGUAUGACCGAAAGCUAAGCUUAACACAUCAGACUAGUGAAGUAUUGGAAUACAUGUACACAAUUCUCGCCGUUCUGGAUGGAUGGAUUGGAGCUGGUAACCAAACCAGGAUCCAGACGCAAGCUCAAGAGCACCAACACGCAACCUCAACAAGUUUUAUCGACAUACAUCUCUUCCUUCUAAUCCAGGUUCGUGCAGGGAAGACAGACUACCCCGUGACAAAGCAUGCAACAUCGAUGCCGCCAUUCUUCAUCCUUUAUCAAGAAGGAGAAGUGCCAUCAAAGGGAAUCAUGUCGCUCACUAGCUCAUGCCAUAUCCCUCAAAUUCCAACGGACCGUGGGCACGUUCGUCAAGAGUCAUCCCAACCCUCUCGGGAUGGCAGAACUCUCAAGCCGACGACGCUUGGUAUGGGGGUGCCGACAACAUUUGCCCAGGGCCAAGACCCAGACUCAACCGCAUCGAGUUGAAAUGUGGUGAGUGUCCCCCCGACCGAACGCGUUUUCGAGAG